AUUGACAUUUCUUGGCGAACGGUGAAUGGUAGACGAUACGACGGAUACGGUGAAAAUUUGCGAAAAAGUAAAAGUGUUGGAGGCGAAAUCGAAAUUUUAAAUUCGAUAAUUCCAAAAGAAAAUUAUACAACCCAUCGCUGCGAUUAAUAAAACAAUAAACGAAACCACAAGCAACUUAAUUUGAUUGAAGUUUGCAGAGCAACAACGAACCACAAGUGACAAAAUAAAAAAUGUUGAAGCCCAUGAAAAUGAUUUUUUCGAGCGUAGCUCGCCGUGGUUUUGCCACCACAAAUCGAGCGCUGGCCGCACAACAAAUGACCGUCCGAGAUGCCCUUAACAGUGCCUUGGACGAUGAAAUGGCACGUGAUGAACGUGUUUUCAUCUUGGGUGAAGAGGUGGCCCAAUACGAUGGUGCCUACAAGAUUUCCCGUGGCUUGUGGAAGAAAUAUGGGGACAAACGUGUCAUCGACACUCCCAUUACAGAAAUGGGUUUCGCCGGUAUUGCUGUCGGAGCUGCUAUGGCCGGUCUCCGUCCUGUGUGUGAAUUUAUGACAUUCAAUUUCUCUAUGCAGGCCAUUGAUCAUGUCAUAAACUCAGCCGCUAAAACUUUCUACAUGUCUGCCGGUGCCGUAAAUGUGCCAAUUGUGUUCCGUGGUCCCAAUGGUGCUGCCGUCGGUGUGGGAGCCCAGCAUUCACAAUGUUUUGCUGCCUGGUAUGCCCACUGUCCCGGCCUUAAAGUAUUGUCUCCCUACGAUUCGGAGGAUGCAAGAGGUCUUCUAAAGGCCGCUAUUCGUGAUCCCGAUCCAGUUGUAUUUCUAGAAAAUGAAGUUGUGUACGGUAAUGCAUAUCCUGUAGAUGCUAAAGUUUUAGAUAAAGACUUCGUAUUGCCCAUUGGCAAGGCAAAAAUACAAAAGGCUGGCAAACAUGUGACACUCGUGUCGCAUUCUCGUGCUGUUGAAACCUGUCUCGUAGCCGCUGCUGAAUUAGCCAAAAAGGGCAUUGAUGCUGAAGUUAUAAACUUACGUUCCAUCCGCCCAUUGGAUAUGGAUACAAUCUUUAAUUCCAUCAAAAAGACUCAUCAUUUGGUGACAGUAGAACAGGGAUGGCCACAAAGUGGUGUGGGUUCGGAAAUCUGUGCUCGUGUUAUGGAGGAUGAAACUUUCUUCCAUUUAGAUGCUCCCGUCUGGCGUGUCACCGGUGUCGAUGUACCCAUGCCAUAUGCCAAAACCUUAGAAACAAAUGCACUGCCACAGCCCAAGGAUGUCGUCGAAGCAGUCAACAAAGUUUUAGGGGGCAAAAAGUAAAACCCCAAACUACCUCCAACAAAACUUAAAAACCUUUCAAUAGAAAUACCAACGUUUUAAUCUAUCUACCUACUCUCAAUUCUAUAGAAAGAACAUCACCAUUAACAACAAAAAACACACACACACACACAAAAGUUAAACAUUUAGUAAAAUCUUUAGUAAAAUCAUGGACAAAACAUUAACCAAACUACAGCGACUAGUAAUUUAUGAAAAAAGACCCUUUUAUGAAAAACAUUACCUCUAGCUACUAUUUAUACUCUAAUUUUAUUUAUUUAUGUAACCUCUUUUAAGUUUUGUCGCAUGCCAAGUCACAGCAGGCAGCAUUUUUUUCAACAACCCGUCAAAAGUUAUGGUGUAACAGAAUUGAGUUUAUCUUUUUUUUUUGCUAGAAAAGAUCUCCAACAUGAAUCUGAAAUAUGCUGCCUUUGUUAAACAUCAAAGAUACCCAGUGAGUUUUAAUUUUAUUUUGCUUAUGUACAUAAAUACGAAGAACACAAGAUUGGUUUAUAUCAAACAAAGUUUGUUUUGGUUUAUUUAAAUUUAAAAAAAAACCAAUGUAUUAAACAAAAAAAGGGGCUUUAAUAAAACAAAGAAGGAGCAAAAACUUGAUAAUUAAAAGAAACUUUCGAAAAAAAAUAAAUGGCAUUUAAGGAGAGUACAGAAAUGUAUGUAUGUGAAUUGUAUUAAGCCCCCCUACCCUCUCCCUGCAACGAAUAUAUUUAUGUGUGCUAUUGUAUUUACCCUCUUCCCCACCCUCCCCCUAAUCCAGGAUGUUAUGUGAACCGUGUCCAUUGGAUGGUUGGCAGUCAGGGGAAACCGAACUGUCUUAUAACGGAACCUUUCUGAUAACGGGCAAUGUCAGAUCGUAACAAAGCCUUACCAUGGUAAGGGCAAGCUAUGGUUGACCAUUUUUCUAGGCCCUUUCUUAAACAUAGACUGCAAAACUGCCCAGGCGGUUCGGCGGUCGUACGAACCAGAUGAAUCACAACAACAAACCUUUUAGUAUAGAAAACUUACAAAACAACAACACCGCGGUUGCAUUUAAAACUCAAACUUUUAAAGUUUUGAAAAACAAAUACCGCAGAGCAUGUUAUCUGCUGGAAAAAAUUGAAGAAAAUAAAAAAGCCCAUAGAGUUCAAUUGCAAGACCAUGCCGAUGAACUAGAGUGCCAUAGAGUUAUUGAAGAAUACCAGCAAUAUGUUAAAAACAAAUUUCCCAAUCAUACUCCUUCUACAUCUACAGUCGGCAAUGAAUCGGACCAAGCCAACAGUGAGGGCCUCCUAUUGGCUUUAGUUAAUGAAGAUUUUAGCAAAAACCAUGUAGUAACCUCUUUAUGGCAUGAAAUUGAAUGUAAACUUUCUGCCAUGGUCAUCGACUAUAUUCUCAAGAACUCCAACGGUUCCCAGUUACCCAGUUAUAAUUCAUCGAAACUAUAUCGUGGUUGCCGUCUCAUCAAAUGCAUGGAUGAAUUUUCCAAGAGUCUUAUUAUGGACUUUGUCAAAGCGAUUAGCAAUUCAUGGGAAGGUUUGAAUCUAAAACUUAUACCAGCCCAAGAUGUGCCUCGCAGACCCUGUGCCCGCAUUUGGUUGCCACCUCUAACUGCUCUUAGCAACCACAAACUGUUGAAGUCUCUAAGGCUUCACAACCCCUCAGUUCCCAUGCAAGAUUGGUACAUUAUGCGUCGCGAGAUUACCAAGAACAAUAGCUUAUGUUGCCUGGUAUUGAUCACUGAGGAAGGUGUGUCAGCUUUGAAAAAUAUCGGCUAUAGACUAAGGUUUGGCAUACGCAAUGCUAAGGUUAAAAUUAUCCCAGCUAAAGUGAAAUCCAGCAAUAAGGAAUCUGAUGACAACGCCAGUAAUCUAUCGGAUGAUAUCAAUGGUCUUCAAAUUACCACCUACUAUUGAGUGGAGUUUUUGUUAUUUUCAUUUGUGCCGCGGAGUUGUGCCUCAUAAAACUUGUAAAGGCAGCAAUCUAUCCAGAUAUAUGCAUUUUAUAUUUAUGUAUCUUUUAAUUGCUAAAAUACAAUAAAUAAAAUUAGAACAUUGUAAUUUUAA